CCAACGUUGAUGAACAAAAGUCGAUCACCAUGAUCUACUCUCUAUCUCAUAAUGUGGACGAUACGACCAUAGAUGAAAAUACAAUCAAACAUCACUAGUUCGCAAUCUCCAUGUCUUCGUUCUGGCUUCAUUCCAGAGCAACGGCAGCAUGCCCUACUGCUGUCGAAGAUACCUUUGGGCCUGUUGUCAGCCAUGAGUGCAAAAAUGGCUUUGAUUUCACAUUAUACUUCGAAGAGACGGUCCUCACACUGCCGGUGACCCUCUUUUUUCUCUUUUGGGCCUUGCCACGCAUAUACCACCUGAGACAACAGACAAUAAAGGCACAGGGAGGUUAUCGGUAUUUUGUAAAGCUAGGUGGAUAUGCUCUGUUGGCCGUCCUCCAGCUAACCCUCGUCGGCCUCUGGGCGGCGCCGUCGGGACAAACCACUCGAGCUACUGUCGCAACGGCUGUCGUCUCCUGGCUGGCUUCCAUCAUAUUCGGUAUUCUUUCUCACUAUGAGCAUAUCUGUACGAUUCGGCCCGCUACCAUUAACUGUGGUUAUCUGUUCCUUUCCUCGAUCUUGUCCUUGGCCGAAACCCGCACGUUAUACUUCCUGGAGAGGAAUCGCUCGAUUGCCGUCCUCUAUACGGUGACACUCUGCAUAAAGGUGGUGUUGUUGAUUACUGAAACAAUGCCAAAGAGGUCCCUCUUGAGACGAAACUACAAAGAUGCGCCUCCUGAAUCGACCGUGGGGAUUCUGGGAGAAUGUCUCUACUGCUGGCUCAACCCGCUCUUAAUGCUCGGCAAUCGCGUGGAUCUUACGGUUGAGCUGCUUCCCCCAAUUGAGGACUCACUUCGCUCUACGGGGCAUGGUGACAGCGGACUCUAUGCGCUAUGGAACAAGGGACCCAACCGGAAUUCCCCUCACAGUUUACUCUGGGCAUGCUGCCGAUACUACCUGGUUCCGAUAUUGUUAGGCGUCUUCCCUCGAGCGCUGCAGGUGGCAUUCACGUUCGCACAGCCCUUUCUGGUCGAAGCAACCACGACCUGGGUGGGAUCGAACGAGCUUUCUCACCCCAAGUCACAGGGAUAUGCACUGAUUGGAGCAUUCGCUAUAGUCUACACGGGUAUCGCGGUUUCCACGGCCUUCGCCCACCAUCAGGCAUAUCGAGUGGUUUCCAUGAUACGGGCUAGCCUGGUCGACAUGCUCUACAGUCACGUCAUGGUCAUGCGUGACAUCGACGUUGAGACCAGUGCCCCUGUCACUUUAAUGAGUGCAGAUAUGGAGCGUAUUUCCGGUGGUCUACACUACAUCCACGAUGCCUGGGCUUGUAUUGUCGAGAUUCCUAUUGCGCUGUAUUUGCUAUGGCGUCAGCUGGGAGUCGCCAGUAUCGCCCCGAUCAUCGUAGUAUUUAUCUGUAUGGCCCUGUCAUUGCUCAUCUCCGGACUGGCUGGCCCUCGCCAGCAGGUCUGGCUGGAGGCCAUUGAAAAACGAGUCGAUAUUACUGCCAAGGUUCUGGGAUCUGUGAAAGGAGUCCGCACAGCUGGAUUGACCGAUAAAUUGUUCAACCUCGUCCAGACGAUGCGUAUCGAAGAGGUCGUCAAAUCGGAAAAAUUCCGUCGACUCCUCAUUCUAGUGGUCGGCGUGGCAUACAGCAACGUCACACUCUCUCCGCUGGCCUCGUUCACGAUCUACGCCCUCAUGGCACGGCAUAAAGGGGAUGAAACUCUGACGGCCACUAAGGCGUUCACAUCGCUCACCUUAUUCACUCUUCUUGCCACUCCAAUCUCUAACCUGGUUGAAGCUGCAACGGGAGUCGCCACCGCAAUCGGCUCGAUUAAAAGAGUCAACGAGUUCUUGCAGUCAGACCCACGAAGGGACGACGCACAUGAGCCUCGAGGGACUCGGAGCAACAUCAGCAUCCCUGCCAGCGUUUUAUCUAGUGCACUAACGGAGAUUGGAGUCGUCUACGACGGAAAGGGCAUGUCGGUUGUGGAAGGGGUCCCCAGUAUCUCCAGUCGCGAGAAGUUACCCUUGUACUACGAAGUCACCGGUCCAGUCUUUGUGGCAGAGGGCCGCAGCGCUGGCUGGGAAGCGAGUAAGCCAGCCGUGGUACAAGAUCUCAGCUUUGAGAUUCAUCGAGGCACGGUGACCUUUGUCGUCGGACCCGUCGGAUCUGGGAAGUCCACGUUUGUGCGUGCGUUGCUGCGAGAGACGCCCAUGUUUUCGGGAGCGUUGAAGGCCGAUCCCGACUCGAUUGCGUAUUGCUCGCAGACGCCCUGGUUGACGAAUAACACCAUCGAGGACAAUAUCUUGGGAGAGUCGCUGUACGACCUGCGUUGGUAUAAUACCGUGAUCAACGCAUGCGCCCUAUAUGAUGAUAUCCGCAAACAACCAAAUAGGGACAAGACUAUGUUAGGGACUCAAGGUGCUAUUCUGAGUGGAGGGCAGAAGCAACGCGUGGCUCUGGCCCGGGCUGUAUACUCCAGAGCAGAGACUAUUAUUCUCGACGAUGUCUUCAGCGGGCUGGACCGCACCACGGAGGAUGCGGUCUUCCAUGCGCUGUUGGCUCCAGGGGGGCUUUUACGGAAGCUGGGUACGACAGUGAUCCUGACGACGAACAGUCCCUCUCGCCUCUCCGUUGCGGACCAUAUCAUCGCUCUGGGCCCAUCAGGCAACAUCAUGGAACAGGGAACAUACAAAGAGCUCCAUUCUCGAACUGACAGCUAUAUUCGUAGUCUGGCGGCCUUGCCAAAACGGAAGGCAACGGUACAAAUCGAACCGACACCGCAGGGGGAUGGGCGACGCACGGGUGAUAUGUCCAUCUAUUGGUACUAUGCCCAGGUUCUGGGGGUGUUCCGGUCCGCGGUUUUUGUUCUUUUGAUCAUGGCCUAUGUGGUUACCAUUACAUACCCUUCCCUUUGGGUGGAGAAAUGGGCAAAGUCAAAUAUCGAUCAUCCCAACGAGAGACUGGGAUAUUGGCUCGGUAUCUAUGCGUUUAUCGCGGUGAUGGCCACUUCUACACUUGUCACCUCCUGCUGGCAUCUAAUGGCGAACCUGGUAGCUCGUGGUGCCAGAAAUAUGCACGCCGAGCUCUUGAAAAGUGUCCUAGAUGCCCCUAUGUCAUUCUUCCAGACCACCGAUCUAGGCAACACGACGAACCGAUUCAGUCAGGACCUGCAGCUGAUCGACAUGGAGCUCCCCCUUUCUGUCUUGAAUACCAUCCUUACUUUCUUCACCUGUGUAGCCCAAAUGGUGGUCAUCUGUACCGCAACGGGAUACAUCGCCGCCACCAUACCUGCAUGUAUAGUCGCCUUUUAUUUCACCCAACGGUUUUACCUGCGUACCUCACGCCAGAUCCGAUAUUUAGAUAUCGAAGCCAAAGCCCCCCUGGUCUCCCACUUCCUGGAAAGUCUCAGUGGCCUCUCCACCAUCCGGAGUUACAAGUGGGAACAACAUUACCGACGACGCAACAGCAAAUUGCUCAACGAUUCCCAAAAGCCCUUCUAUCUGCUCUUCGCCAUUCAGCGCUGGCUCGAACUGGUCAUUGCCCUGAUGGUGGCCGGAUUUGCCGUCGUUCUAGUAUCCAUCGCUGUCGCGACGCGUGGGAAAGUGAGCGCCAGCUUCAUUGGGUUGGCACUGCUGAAUAUCGUCACGUUUACCGAGAAUUUGCAGGGUCUAAUCAAGCAAUGGACCGUGUUGGAGACAUCCAUUGGGGCAGUGGCACGAAUUCGCAACUUCAAGUCUACCAUUGAGUCGGAGCAUCUGGAAGACGAGACAGCUGUACCUCCGCCAGACUGGCCGGCCAGGGGAGCAAUCGAGUUUAGCAAUGUGGUGGCUUCCUACAAGAACUCCUCGAACCGUGCGCUCGACCAUAUUUCUUUAUCAAUUAAGCCAGGCACCAAGGUUGGCAUCUGCGGCCGCUCCGGAAGUGGAAAGUCCUCGCUAGUAUCGUCCCUAUUCCGUCUCAUUGAGUUGACCAGCGGCACGAUCAACAUCGACGGGCUAGACAUCUCUCUGCUGGCUCGCAACCACCUGCGUGCUCAGCUGAAUUGUAUCCCUCAGGAGCCCUUCCUCCUACCGGGCUGUUCGGUUCGCCUCAACGUGGACCCCGGGAUUUCAAUCCACGAUGACAUCCUCAUUGAUGCCUUGAAGAAGGUCCAACUAUGGGAUGUGGUCCGAGAGCUCGGUGGCUUAGAUGCUACGAUUACGCCUGAUACAUUCUCGCCGGGUCAGAAGCAACUCCUGUGCUUCGCCCGGGCCAUGGUACGGCCGGAGGGGAAAAUUCUAGUCCUUGAUGAAGCGACGAGCAGCAUCGACACCAAAACGGACGACCUCAUUCAGUCGCUCAUCCGGAGUGAAUUUGCCGAUCAUACGGUCAUCGCCAUUGCACAUCGACUGGAAACCAUUGUAGAUUUCGACGAGAUUAUUGUCGUGGAUGCCGGGCGCGUCGAAGAGCAAGGUCCGCCGGCGACCCUGCUCGAGAGAGGAGGAGCGUUUGCGGAGUUAUAUUGGGAUAAGGACCGGAGUUCGGAGAGGACUCCCUUAAGGCUUUAAAUUGGGUGGCUGCUUCAGGUCUCUCUAUUGUUUCCGUCCUUUUUUUUUUGAUUUUCCCUCUCGUUUCCCUCUUCGAUGCUGUUGUACAUAUACAUGAUUACGAUAGAUAGCAGUGCUCUGGCACCUCAUAUAGUGUAUCUCUACUUGAAGGGCAGAAUCCAACGUCACUUCCUUUCAAACAUACCUGUCGCCCUU